UUUGGGUAGGGUUGAGAGUUGCUGUAUCGCCGAAGUCCAUGACAGAUAAAAAGAUGUUUGCUCUGGUAUGGAAAAUUUAUGGAGACAACUACAAGACCGUUUGGACCGGAUUCGAAGCACACUACAGAGACCAAGCAAUAGCAGAACGCCUCUCACUCUCUCAUCGCUGUGGCGAACAGUUCUGAAAGUUGAGUGAUGCUUUGCAGGACAGGUACUCCCCAUGGAGCUUCCUUUCGCUCUUCAAGUCUUUCCAAGUUCUUCGCUGCUAUUCUGUCCUCUCCAUUCUCAGAUUGCCCAACUCAUACCAAUAACCCACCCACCUCACUGAUACUUCGAAACCAUCGGGAGGUCUCACCAAGUGUAAGUUCCUCCCUCGUUUCUGCAAUCUGUUCUCUGCUAUCUCACAAUGCCAAUCAAACACCAAACCUUGAAAUUUUGUUGUAUGAUUACAAAGAGAUGCUGAAUUCUGAUAUUGUGCUUCAAAUCUUGAUGAAUUAUAGGCAAUUAGGGAGGGUUAGGACAAUAGAGUUCUUUUCUUGGGCUGGUUCCCAAAUGGGUUUUCAAUUUGAUGACUGUGUGAUAGAAUACAUGGCUGAUUUCUUGGGUAGGAGGAAACUUUUUGAUGAUAUGAAGUGCCUGCUGGUGACAGUGUUUUCUCAUAAGAGAAAUAUUUCGUGUCGUGUGUUCUCAAUUUGCAUCCGGUUUUUGGGUAGGCAGGGGAGGGUUCGAGAGGCUCUUUGCUUGUUUCAGGAAAUGGAAACUAUGUUUCACUGUAAGCCUGAUAAUUAUGUGUACAAUAAUAUGCUCUAUGUGCUCUGUAAAAAGGAGACAUCGGGGGAAUUAAUUGAUGUUGCUCUUGAUAUAUUUCAUCAGAUUAAAUGGCCUGAUACAUAUUCAUAUAGUAAUGUCCUUGUCGGAUUGUGUAAGUUUGGAAGGUAUGAGGCUGUCCUUCAAGUUUUCCAUGAAAUGGGUCGUGUGGGUUUGGUUCCAACUCGGUCUGCUGUGAACGCUCUUAUUGCUGAUUUGUGUUCAUUGAGUGCAAAGGAAGGUGCUAUUGAGAAAGUUAGAGUGAAGGAUGCUCGUAGGCCCUUUACAAUUUUAGUUCCGAAUGUGGGUGUGCAGAGUGGUGCUAUACAGCCAGCCCUUGGAGUGUUUUGGGCUGUUCAUUCCUUGGGUUUGUUGCCGAGUACCUAUGUUAUAAGCAGGCUCAUCUAUGAGCUUUGCAGAUUGCAGAUGGUGGAUGAGGCUCUUGAGGUCCUCAAAAUUGUGGAGGAGAAGAAGCACAAUUGUGUGGAAGAGGGUUACUCUGUUGUCAUACAAGCCUUAUGUGAAAAGCGUUUGGUGAAGGAAGCGAGCCAUUUGUUUCAAAGAAUGCUUUCAAAGGGCUUAAAGCCCAAGUUAGUAGUUUAUAAUUCUAUACUUUGCAUGCAGUGCAAAUUGGGGUGUUUGGAUGAGGCUCAAAGGGUUUUUGAAAUUAUGAAUAAGAAAAGAUGUCUUCCGGAUAAUGUUACUUAUACUGCUUUAGUCCAUGCUUAUGGAGAAGCUAGGAAUUGGGAGGGUGCUUAUGAUAUAUUGAUAGAUAUGUUGGGGUUGGGUUGGAUUCUACACUUUCACACAUAUUCCUUAGUGGAUAAACUUUUGAGAGAAUGUGGGCAGAAGGAUCUGUCUAUUAAAUUGAAAGGGAAGCUGGAAUCGCAAAUCUUGCUUAAACACUGUAAAAUGGGUCAGUUACAGGUUGUGUAUGAAAAGUUAAGAUCGAUGCUUGAUAGGGGCUUCUGCCCACCAACAUAUGUGGGGAAUGCUUGUGAACAUGCAUUUCAACAGCAUGGCAGUUUCAAAAUUGUUGAUGAAUUGCUACAGAAGAUGGACAAAGUCUGAUAACUCGGGAAACACAAAUUUUGAAUUCUUCAUAUGCAAUGGACAACAAGUAUAUCUAGAUUGGUCAAUCAAACACGGGAUUCUUACCCUCUAGAUUUAAAAAGACCAUUUAUGCAUAUACUAUAGGUUCUACAUACAAGUGCAUGAUUAUCCACAAUGGCUGCCUCUAUAAACCUCAAAUAUACGGUGCAGAUAAUCUAUAUCAUCAGAUCUUUAAAAAAGAAGCACCAUUACGAUGCUUCAGGUACUGUAUUAUUGGUGUCAUUUUAAAUAUUUAGGGGACUAUCUCAGGUUUGUUUCUGAUGUAUAUUUUCAGUUUCUGGGUGGAUUUUUUUGGAGCAUGGUGGGAUUCUGGCUAGGCAUAUUUGUUUCAUUGGAGGGAUUGGGAUAAGAGGUUUACCAAAGUUAAUGUCUUAUAAUGUUUUUGUUUUUUAUGCUGCUUUGCUAUUGCUGAUCAAUUAAAACGUGAGUCUAGAAUGUGUACCUUGCUUAAUCAAAUAUGUUUAUCAGUAGGUAGGCUCAUGAAAUUAAGAUUGAGCCAUUUUAACUAGCUUCUGCAAUGUGUCUCCUAACACUGUUACUUACCAUGCAUUGAUCAAUGGAUACAGUGAGGUGGGAAAUAGUGAGAUGGGUGGCAGUCUUUAUGAGGAGAUGGCGAGGAAAGAAGUUAAGGCUGAUGUCUUGACAUAUAAUGCCUUGAUUUUGGGUCUUUACAAGGAGGGUAAGACCAAGAAAGCUGCAUAUUUGGUUAAAGAAGUUGAUAAGAACUUUGUCUCAAAUACCUCCACUUUUUCUGCAUAACGGGAAAAUGUGUGAGGAGGAACUCAGGUCGUGCUUUCCAGCUUAUAAAAUCAUGGUAAGGAGUGGUUGUCAUCCAAAUGAACAUACCCUCAUGAUGCUGAUAUCUACAUUUUGCAAGAAUGACGAUUAUGAUGGAGGACUUCUAGUUCUUGAGGAAAUGAUAGAGAGAGAGCUAUUCCUCCUGAUUUAGGCAUCUGAUAUGAGAUUUAUGACGGUCUUUGUCGCUGUGGAAAAGAUGAAUUGGCUAUUAAGUUAUGCAGCAAGAUGGAAGCUAGAUGCCUUGUGCAUGAAGGGUUUGACAAUACAAGAACCAUCGGCUCUAGAGUCUGGACCAGAUAAAUAAAAACAAAGAAGUGAUGAGAAACUGUGAGGCUGUUCCUACAUUUCAUACUACUAAUUCUUUCGGGCUUUAGGCAACUCUGGCUAGAAAGAAUAACUUCAGUUUAAACCUGUCUGUUGAUAGAGGCUUAUGGUUGCAUUCUUCCCAUUUUUAUUGUUCAUGUUUGUUCCCUUAACUCAAACAGGACAAUCUAUCUUUCCCACUUAUUUGCCCAGACUGGAAUGCAGAUGAAGAUAUGUUGCUUCUAGAGUCAGAUUUUUUUCAGGGCGUUGAAAUGUAUGGAUUUGGAAACUGGACUGAUGUUGCAGAACAUGUUAGAACCAGGACCAGAUCACAAUGCAUUGAUCACUAUAAUGCUGUAUAUGUGAACUCCUCAUGUUUUCCAUUCCCUGAUAAGACCACCCAUGUGAUGGGAAAAAGCAGAGAAUAGCUCCUAGCAAUGACCCCAAGGAAUGAUGAUGCCAAGAACACUGAUGUCAAGAAAGGUUACCUAUUAAGUUAAAUUCAAAUGGGGCACUCUCACUUUUGAUAUUGUGUGAGAAGAUUUGGAUCAGAACACUUUAGGCUUGUUUUGUCUUCACUGACAGGAGGUAUCAUAUUAUUCUUAUUGAUGUUUAUUCCUUUAAGUGGAUUUAUGUUUAUUUCUGCAGAAAUUUCUAUGCUUGGGGAACUUGCUCUAAAUUAAGGGACGCUUUUCUCUACAACAGUCCAGUAUGGAUAUUGCCACGAAUUUCCUACAUUAUAUUUUUUUUCAGUAACAAGGUUGACGGAGAUGGCAAACCAAUUCAUAGAAAGAUGAAUAUUUUUCUA